UGGAAUUAUGGAGCAUCAGGUGCCUAAACGGCCCUUCAGAGUUACAGAUUCCCACAGAAGAGGUAGAAAGGGAAUAGCUGCAUCCUCUUAUGAAAAUAUUAUGCAACAGUGUGCUGAUAGAUUUCAGUUUACUGGCCCUCUUUCCCUGUUUGUUGAAGAAGACGGGACAGAGAUAGAUGAGGAUUUCUUUGAACUAUUACCAAGUAAUACACUCUUAAUGGUUAUAAAGGCAGGAGAAGAUUGGAAUCCGGUACCUCAGCCAAGUACAUCCCAAUCAGCAGAACCUUAUCUGAAUAAUGAAUCACAGAGAGUGACUGAUAUGGUUUGCAAAAUAAGAAAAGCAGAAGUAGGAAGUAUUAAAGUAAGAAGUAAUGUAUAUAUAACAAUUAUAUUGUCCUUUAAACAAAUUGAUAACAUGCAUGCGUUUGAUCCCUUUGCCCACAGGGAUGACAGGUAA